AUGGCUGCCAACAAUGCAAGUGGAAGCUCCCGGGCCAAUACCGGCGCUCACCAGGAAUACAACAAUGUUUCCGCGACCCAGAAGAUGAUGUCCGCUACGUGGGGAAGUUUGCUAACCUCCCUACUCGUGACGCCCCUCGAUGUUGUUCGUGUUCGCCUGCAAUCCCAAAUUCCCGUCCUCCGGGCUUCGCCAGAUAUUAUUCCCGCUCCUCUUUUCGGGGGACUUCCUCCAAACUUGGGUGUGACGGCCUGCUGUCGAGAAGUGUUCUGGGUUGGGAACAAUGCCCAAUUUUGCAUGGUGGGACCAAAUGGUGCCGCACUCAGCAGUCCGCCUAUUGAUGGGGCUGCUGGCUGUGCAGUUGAGGAAACUCAGCGAAGGACAUUCACCUCUACCUUCGACGGACUUCGCAAAAUUGCCAGGAAUGAAGGCGCAUUGUCACUAUGGCGGGGCCUCAGUCCAACCCUAGUGAUGGCCAUCCCGGCAAACGUUAUUUAUUUCACCGGCUACGACUGGUUACGCUUCGAUAAGAGAAGUCCUGUCAAUAGAACCUUCAAUGACACGUACGCUCCGCUCGCUGCAGGCGGGAUAGCAAGGAUAGCGGCCGCGUCGGUAAUAAGUCCGAUUGAAAUGUUUCGGACACGAUUGCAAGCCACGUCGGGGACGGGAACGAACCACUUCAAAGCCACGCUCCGCCAGCUACAUCAAAUGACGCAGACGCAGGGUUAUAGCUCACUAUGGCGGGGGCUCACCCUUACCAUGUGGCGUGACGUGCCUUUCUCCGCCUUGUACUGGUGGGGAUACGAAACCGUGAAGGCCAUCCUCACCGAUCUGCGAUUGAAAACGAUUCCAGCCGCCUUCGCCGCAGACACUCAUCAGCACCUCCACGGCGGUCGACACGCCGCGCCUUCGGACCCACACCAAGACCACACCAUGACAUUCCUCGACAGCUUCAUUGCAGGCGCCACAUCCGGCGCCCUCGCAGCCCUCAUCACCACCCCCUUUGACGUUGGCAAGACUCGCCAACAGGUAUUCCUACACUGUGGCGACGAGCCGGGUUCCAAAUCAGCACGGACAACACAAACAAAACUCACAACCAGCACCUCCUUCACCACCUCCUCUUUCUCCAAAUUUGCAUCUGCAUCCUCAUCCUCGUCGCCAUCGUCAGCAUCAUCUUUGUCUCAUAUCCAUCCAGAGCAAUUAUCCACGCCCCGCUUCCUCCUGCACAUCCUCAAAGUUGAAGGGGUAUCGGGUCUUUUCCGCGGCUGGGCGGCACGGUGUCUCAAAGUUGCGCCUGCGUGCGCCAUUAUGAUUUCCAGCUACGAGGUUGGGAAAAAGAUGGCGGGGAAGGUUAAUGAGCACCAGCACCAGCACCACCAUCAGCCCCAGCCCCAGCAUCGGCGUCAUGGUGGUUCGGACGAGGACGGCGACCGAGUAUGA